GCUGAGUCGGGGGCCGCCUGCGGCGAGGACGGCGCGGGGGCGCUGGUCGCCGAAGCCGUCCGGCACAUCAACGAGCAACACGAGCACGGAUUCAAGUUCAAGCUGCGCCGAGUCCUCGACAGCAAAUAUCAGCAGGUGUUCGGCGGUUGCCGCGUGGAUGCGUCGCUCAAGCUGGUGCAGACCAAAUGUCACGUCACCAACCCCAAACCUCACCAGGAGUGUGUCCCCUUUCGGCUGGAUGAACGUGGUGCGGUGGCCACCUGCAGCGUCAGCCUUGAUGUCGUGUCCGGCGUGGCCACGGUCCGCAAGCAUCGUUGCGCCACUCGGCCAGAACACACCAACGCGGAGAUGGCGUGGAUUUGUCCCGACUGCCCCAUGUUGUCGCCGUUGGAUGACCCGAUGGGCGUGAAGGCGGCGCACCAAGCGGUGCUCAAGUUCAACCGCGAGAGCAAACACCGCAAUUACUUCACCUUGAUGGAAGUUUCUCAGAUAACGGGCGGGUACAUCAUGACCAUCGGCAUGCUGACCUGGCUCAAGUUGGCCCUGGUGGAGACGGACUGUCCGAGACACGCCGAGAAUACUUUUGCGCCCUGCGCACCUCGCUGCUCUGAUCAAGCGAGUCACGUCUUUUGCCAAGCCACUUAUUACAACUGGCAAGACCAAAUUGGAGAACUUGGAUGUGAAUUUUAUCCGCCACGGAAUUCAGCGUCUCGCUCGCCGGGCAUGCCGAAACCCAAGUGCAGGCCGUUAUUCCAUGAAAGUCGGGAAGGUUUUGCUUGCAAGGCACAGCUGGGCAUCCGCCAGCCCGUCAUCCACCACAUUUGUCCCUUCCCACUGAUUGUCCAGCAGCCGCAGUGGGUGAAAGGUUGAACUUGAUGUCAUUGCGCUUGGCUCCUCAUGACCCAAUAAAAAAAAAAAAAAAGCAUUGAAGUCUCUGG